UAUUCCUCUCCUCUGGAAGCCAAGAACCCUAGAAAAGGUCUCAAUCUCAUUGAUCUCUACCCAUCGUCUUCCUUGUUUUUCUUCUGUUUUUCUCUUCGAUUUCUUCGAUUUGGACUUCGCAAACCAUGGAUUCUUCUUCGGCUGCGGGCAGCGCGGAGUUCUCCGGUUCUCAAUCUUGGUUGCAGUCGCGAAGGGGCGUCCGGGUGGUGGGAAAGAUCAGACCUUUCCUAAGUUCGGAGAUCGUCGGGGUCUCCGACGGGGAGUCUUCUUGUUCGUCCUGUCGUGCUCAGAUUUCUCUCACGAGAUGCGAUGGAGAUUACGCCUCAAUCGCUUUUGGAGAUCAAACUACUGGGAGCAAUCGCAAAGAUUCUUACAAGUUAGAUUGGUGCUAUGAGCAAGAUGAGGGUGUCAGCGAGAUUUUCUCUAGAGAGGUCAAGCCUCUUCUCCAAGGGAUAUUUCAUGGUCGUAAUGCCUGUGUUAUUGCUUAUGGUGCUCGGGGAAGUGGAAAGACUCACACGAUUCAGGGCUCUGAAGAGAACCCUGGCUUGGCACCAAUGGCAAUUUCCGAGAUUCUCAUGUCAGCCACAGACGUAGGGGGAUCAGUGGCUAUAUCAUGCUACGAAGUGUAUCAAGAUCACAUCUAUGAUCUCUUGGAACCUAAAGAACAAGAGGUACUUGUUCUUGAAGAUGCUGGACGGAGAAUUCAGCUCAAGGGCCUUUCUCAGGUCCCUGUGAAUUCAAGUGUUGAUUUCAAGAAAUUAUUCACUAAUGCAUGCAACCAGCGGAGGCCUCAACAGAAGGCUGCCAAUGAAAUAUUGAUUAGGAGCCACAGAGGCAUGAUUGUAUAUGUUUCUGUUGUUGAUAAGAAAACCAGCCGUUCCCUUGUUGGAAAGAUGAAUUUUGUUGACUUGGCAGGUUAUGAGGAUACUAAACAGAAGAGUAAUGCUAAAUCUCAUCCUGCUGAGAGUGCUAAAGUCAACAAGUCACUGUAUACCUUGCUUAAUGUUAUUUAUGCAUUGAAUGCCAAUGAGACUUACAUUCCCUACAGAGAAAGCAAACUAACCCGUUUGUUGCAAGAUUUCAUAUGCAGGGCAAGUGGAGCAGUAUUCAUUACUUGUUUGAACCCAACUCUGUGUCAAGAUACUAUUCAUGCAGUCAGCUUGGCUUCUCGGUCAUGCCAGGUGGUCAGCUGGCACCGACAUGACACAGCCAAGAGCAGUAGUAAGAGUGUCUCAAAAUUUAUCCGGACAUUUUCCCCUUCUAAUGGAGGAAGUCGAGCACAUGAUACCUCAGUAAAAAAGCAUCAGCUUUCUCAGUUUGCCUCUACUGAAAAAAAAGGAUAUGGAACCCCAUUUCUGACUAAGAUAAGGCCCCAACCGUUGAGCAAUUCUAUGAAGAAACCUGGACCCACCCAAUUUAGCUCAAUCGAGAAGAAAACAAACAAUACCACGUCUCUGACAAAGGGAAGGAAGCUGUUCAAUGCUACAAGUUCUAGCACCAAAUCUAGCAAGGAUGAUAUCUUAUCAAAUGCUGCUACAUAUGUGGAUACAUCAAAUGAGGACAAUGCUUUAAUUGAUUCUACAUGUGGAGUCACUUCUACACAAAGUGAGGAAACUUGUGUGUCACCCAUUGCUACUGAUGCAGAACCUAAGAUUCCAGAGGCUCCCAAUGAUGUUUCUUUUCCAAAUGAGCACAAUGAUCUUCAAGAAAGUGAGACUGGACCUGAUAUUGGUGCAAAUUUAACUGCAGAUUCAGAAGAAAGCACUAUGAAGGAAAGCCAGAACUCUUUUGUCAAUAUGGCUGAAUCCUCUCCACCGUUAAGUGAAAGAUUGAGAGAGAUAUCAAACUCAUUGAAACUUUUAAGUACUCAACAGAUAAGCAUAGGAACACCAAAAGUGGAUGUACCAUAUUCUAAGCAAGUGGGUGUCGAUCAUAUUGAACCCAAAACUCCUGGAGUCCCAUUCAAUUUAAGACUAGAUAGCAACUCAAACUUUGAAACUGGUACUCCACAAGACAUCUUCAGAACUCGCAGUACAGGGCUCAAGAAAUCGCUGGCCCAGGAGUGUCUAUCUUUCCUCAACAGUGCUAACAAGGAGGAACUCAAAAAGUUGAAGGGAAUUGGAGAGAAGAGAGCUACGUACAUACUUGAACUUCGUGAGGAAACCCCAGAUCCCUUUAAGGAAAUAGAAGAUCUUAAGGAACUAGGACUAUCUUCAAAGCAGAUAAAUGGAAUGAUGUCAGGAAUACUCGGGGAUUUUUAGAAUGAUGUUUGGAUAUGUGUUGAUCAUUUUGACAUGUGAGUCAUGUCCCUCUCCAUGUUUGCAAAAGUACAGGUUGCAAUUAUCGAUUUAUACUUGUAUAUGGGAUGCUAUUCUUCUUGAUAGAUUGAAAACCCUAAAAUGGAAGGAGUGAUGUAUUUGUCUGUAUCUUUGUUCAUUGUAAUUGAUCCUCAUUUUGGUGUUAUUUGCUUCACCAAUAUAUCGAUGACAACCCUUGUCAUAGAAUGUAAAUGAUCAAACAGGGUAUAAACACCAGAUUCUAUGUUUGACAAGUGGGUACAAAUUUGAAAUUGUGAUGUGAAGGUACACUUAUGAUGCAAUUAUUCAUUAUGACUAAUGUAACAAAUGCAGUGCUUAAAUUUUCCC